AUCCAAGAAGCAUCCAAGAAGACACAAUUUUCUCACAAUCGGUGUUUUCACAAUUCAACUCCUUCACCUUAUCUACUCCAAAAGUCUAAAGUACACACAACAUGGUACAAAUUUUAUCAAGAAAAUCGAAACGAUAACAUCACAUCUAAAAUGAUUAAGUGCUUUUUUGAUAAGUCAUCCAUAUUUUCUAAAACCCUGAUUUGAUCUAGAAAUACAAGUAUAGAAGGCAGUUUCAGCCAUGGCGACCUCUUCAAUGUUAGGAGUUCUUUUACUCCUGUUUUUCACUCAGUUAGGGAGUUCAUUAUUUACCAAGGAAACGAACGUUGCUGCAGGUUCAAGGAUUGAGAUGGAGGCGAACGGCCGAAAUUAUUCAGUCUUUCGCGCAGCUGUUGGCAUAGCCGAGGCCGAUCAAGAAUGUUUGAAUCAAGGAAAACAUUUAGUCGAUUUUAACGAAGAGGGCGAAUACCUUGCAAUUCAGGCAGCCCUGUUUGAAGCAGGUUUGGAAAGAUCUUGGUAUUGGACUGCAGCAAGGAAGGACGCAAAAAAGCAAGUCUGGUAUUGGGAAACGACCGGUGAGACCAUUACGGAUUAUUUUUGGUUGCCUGGAGAACCCUCGAACGACACAUCAAAUGAUUAUUGCAUGAGAUUUGAUGUGUCUGUCGGUGGCUGGCUCGACGAUCCGUGCGACACCAAUUUUCUUGUAGGAUAUAUUUGUGAAUAAAAUUUUUUUCAUUGAUAUUUUUAAUGAUGAUAUAAAAAAUAAACUUAUAAGAAAAAUUUAAAAAUUUCUUACG